GUGGGUUCGUUCGUCGCCGCAGUAUCGCGCGUCUCUUCGCGCCGGUUGCUUCUCGUUUGAUAUCGUCUCGUGUUGAUGUCGUUUGCAAAGUUAUCGUGGACCGCAAGCGUGAGAAUGAUCUCGACGUAAAUUCCGUCACGCGGCCACGAGGUGUUUCUCUCCGUUUCUCCAUCUCUUUCUCUCUCGCUCGCGCGCGCACACGCGAUAGCGAUUGUGCACGUUGCUCCCGGCUAAUCCGCACGCAAUCCAGGAGGAUGCGGCGCGUCGCGGCACUGCUGGCCCUGCUCGCCUGCGUGUCGGCACCUGCUCAUGGCCAAGAUGGUGAUCUUUACUUUUCGGUGAGCCCCGCGGAGCAUUCGGUUGUGGAAGGACUUCCAGUUCGCUUGAGAUGCGAAGCUCAACCAAGCUCGCACGUUAAAUACUCAUGGAAAAUAGACGGACAGCCGCUUGCUCCCAGCCCGCGGAGGCAUCAGGUCGAGGGCGAUCUUUAUAUCACUAGGGUCAAUCGAAUCUUGGACAGUGGCAACUUCGUUUGUGUGGCCACACACGAGGAAACCGGCUAUUCGAUUGAGAGCUCGCCUGCGAAGAUCGACGUCCAAUGGAUCAGCGAGGCGAGCGUGCAAUUGCAGCAGCCGAAAUUACCGUCCGCGAUUCGCGUGGACAGCGAGGUCGAGCUCCGGUGUCACGUCGAUGGCUCCGGCGACGUGAAAUACGAGUGGUUCAAGAAUACAAUGAGCGUGGCGCGAAGCGAUCGUGUCGAGAUUAAAAAGAAGAAAUUGCACAUACAUAGAGCGAUCCCCGAGGACAGCGGCAUGUACACCUGUCUAGCCAAGAACGAAGCGGGAUCCUCGCCGGUGACCGAGAGCUAUCCAUUAAUCGUUUCCGGAAAUGAAACUGCGACGAUUAAGGUUGUUCCGAGAAACCUGAUCGUAAAGCGGGGCGAUCCGGCCGCUCUGCAUUGCGUUUUCGAAGACGCCGACGAGGUGCAGUGGUUCUUCAAGGAAAUCGGUCCGCUGGAAUCUGACGAGGAGCGGACGAUCUUCGAGAACGGCACGCUCAUGAUACACGCUGCCGAUCAAAGGGACCAGGGAUUCUACUCCUGCCAUGGAACAAGGGACGAGACCACAGUCAGUUACACGGUCGAAUUACAAAUUGCCUAUUUACUAAACUUUUCCAUGGCCGCUUUCGAACCGAAACUUCAAACUCAGCUGGCGAUUGUCGGCGAGGAUCAAGAAUUCCAAAUAAGUUGCCUAGAGCCCUUAGGGCUUCCUCCGCCCAAAGUUUAUUGGAGAGAUCCCACGGGACAUAUUAUAAGCGAUACUGGUCCCGUACGCGUUCAAGACAACACGCUCAUUAUCGCGAGGGCACGAAUGAGUGAGGAUGACGGCAAUUACACUUGUAUGGCCGAGAAUCUCGCCGGUGAAACGGAUAUAUCCGUCCAAAUAGUUAUAUCAACUCCGCCAAGUAUAAUAAGCUCCCCAGAAUCGCUCAGUGUGAUGGAAGGUGAUUCCGUAACGUUAACUUGUUCGUAUUCCGGCAUGGAACCGCCGGUGACGCACGUGCACUGGUUAAAGGACGGGACAAAGCUAAAGGAAUCAGGCGGUCCGACAAGAUACCGCGUGACCGAUAACCACGGCAAUGUUACGCUGCAUUUCAAGAGCGUUGACCUGUCCGAUAAAGGGCACUACAAGUGUGAAGUAUUUACUACUGGUUUCGCAUCUCUAUUUUCGGAUUCGGCCGUUCUCACUGUGGAAGAGAAACUCAAAUUCUCACCACAACCUGUCAAUAAACGCUUGGAGCUCAGUUCCACAGCGAAAGUAUCAUGUAAGGCCCAGGGUGCCACGAACCCUACGGUAAAAUGGGUCAAGGAGGGUGAGGACGAGGAAUUCCCCAAACAUGUUCAGGAUAUUAACGGCACUCUACACUUCAACGGCGUAUUGGAGGAGGACAAGGGUCGAUACACUUGUAUUGCGAGCAACGCUCAGGGAUCUAUCAAUCACACGAUUAGCAUUGAUGUAGUUAUCGCGCCAAAAUUCACGGUACAGCCGCAAAAUCCAACGGAGGCAAUUGAGGGAUAUCCGGUAAUGUUACAUUGUGCCGCCGAAGGUGAUCCUAAACCGACCAUCCAAUGGGAUAAAGAUUCUCGCAUGAAUAAUCUAGAUAAUCCUCGAUUCGAAGUAUUAAGUAAUGGAAGUUUGUACAUUAAAGAGGUGUAUCUUAGUGACGAAGGAAAGUACGGAUGCACCGCUGGUAAUAGCGGUGGUUUAAAGCGAGAGGAAGUUCAAUUAAAUGUAAAAGCUGGAGAUAAUUAUAGAGCCGACAUGGAUCUAGAGGCCACUGAUGAAGGUACAAUGAUGACUAAGACCGUAACGAUCACUCUCAGUGCAGCCGCAGGAUAUAUGGUGCUUGUCGUUGGUCUUAUGUUAUAUUGCCGUUACCGUCGUCGCCGUAGAAAACAGCAGUACCUGCAGGAGCAAACGGAAGAAAAAAUGGAGAAUGGCGAGGUACAGGAGGAACAGACAGAAUUGAAGGAAACUGGGAAUAAAGUAAAUUCAACGCAUAAGAAGAAAGAAAAUCGCGAUUCCCAUAACAAGAGUGAUGGCGCGGAUACAGCUCAUAGUCAGAGUAGCAACCAAUCUAAGAAAUCCAAGUCGAAUUAUGACAAGCUCGCUAUUUCGCGAAGCAGCUUGAAGGAAUUAAAGCCUCUUGGCCGGGGUGAAUUUGGUGAGAUUUAUUCUACGAAGUAUCAGGUUGAUGGUGACAAGGAAUCCUUGGUCAUGGUCAAAAGUUUAACGAAUACGAAAGACGAAAUUGCUCUUCAGGAAUUUAAACGACAUUUGGAUCUUGUUCAUAAGCUUAAUCAUGAAAAUGUUGUCAAGUUGAUUGGUCUCUGUCGAGAGGAGGAGCCCGAUUAUAUGAUUUUAGAGUAUACUGACUGGGGCGACUUGAAACAGUUCUUGAUCGCUUCUCGAAAGGACAACAAUUCUAGCCCGACGCACGAAUCGAAACCACAGCGGGCGCCUCAGCUGUCAGUGGCGCAAAUACUGUCACUAUCGAAUCAGGCUGCAAAGGGCUUAAAACACUUAGCCGAUAAUCGGUUGGUCCACAAGGACAUAGCUGCGCGCAAUUGUUUGAUCGCCAGCAACCUGUCGAUCAAGAUCUCACUACCAUGCAUGACCAAAGAGCCGUAUCAGCAAGAGUACACUAAGCAUCGGAAUCAGGUGAUUCCUCUGAGAUGGCUGCCCUAUGAGGCCGUAUACGAGGACGAAUUUUCCACCAAGAGUGACGUGUAUUCGUUCUCGUGCUUGGUCUGGGAGAUGUUCCAUCAGGGCGAAUUACCGUUCAACAAGCUGAACGACGAGUCCGUGCUGGCUCAGCUCAAAACGCAAACGCUCACGUGGAAGCCGCACAAGGCGGCGCCGCCAGCUCUUCAAGAGCUACAAACUCAGUGCUGGGCAAACGAUCCGCGCGAGAGACCGACUUUCGACGAAGUCGUGUUGAAAAUAGGCGAAAUUGUGGUCGACAGUUGCCUGUAAGCUAGUAUCGCGAUCUAAUUGUACGAGGUUCUGAAUAUCAGAAAUACUGAAAUAGGGGUAAUGAUUGUGCGGAGCUGUACGUCGAGAGGCAAGGCUGACGAGCGCCGAUGAUCACGCGGUGGUUAUCCCUCCCGUGCGAGAAGGAGGGACCCGAAAACGCCGCGAUUUCGCGCGUGAGAAUAAUUAACCGGCUUUCAUGUUAAACGCUUCGUAUCGAUUAUAUAUGCAUAAUGAAUUAUAGGAAACCUUACUCUUUUGUAAAAGGAAAAUGCUUGCUCAUUAAUCAUUGAAUGCGCGAGGAUUACGUGUCUUAGAAACAUCGCCGCGAAUCGUGAUGUAUAGACUUUUACGCGGAAUUAAGUAUUUCGCAUCGUGCGUGUUACUUAACGCACGUUGUUGCAUGUAAUCGAGUGAGUAUCAUCUUCAUCAUUGUACGAGAGUUUUGAUAUAUUUUAUAUAUGAAGCGCGCAAGCUUCAGAGAUUCAAUUAUCAUCAUCGUGUUCUGAGCAAUCUUGGAUCUUUCUAUCGUUACAUGAUCAUCGUUUUCCGAAAUCGCGCGAGCAAUCUCCGUGCUGUGCGAUCAUUGAACGUUGUAUUUUGAUCUCUAUCGCUUCCCUGUUGUAGAUUAUCAGAUAAAACGAGGUAAAACCUAUUGGUUCCGCAAUAAUUAUUCGUAUUACAGUAUUUUGUCGCGUCCACUAGCUUGAUAAGGAAAUAUUUAUUUCGAAUAGAAUUUCUUCGCUCCAAUGACUGUUCUUCUUCUAUCGUCGGACUAAGAAACGAUCUGUAUGGGCCCAUUACAUGUUAUUACGCAAUUAAUGCAAUACUUAGUAUACAGUAUUGAUAUAAUAAUAGGUAUCAUCACACCACACAUCGAAUACUCGUAAGAUAUGUUAAUUAUUAGGUGAGCCGAGACCGAAAACUGAUAACGAAAACGUUCAGUCCGAUCGUUCGAGAGCACGUAAACGCUUUCGAUUGAACGUCGGUGAUCGGACUCGGUGCUGCAAUGACAUGCAUAUUAAGAAAGUAUCACGACCAUAUCAAAUGACGAAGCAAAUCUUAUCUCCGCCUAUUUACUUCUACACCGCUAAGACGUAAAAAGAAACUUUUUAUAACGUAUAUUAUUUAUAACGUAUAUAUUUAUGUGUGAUAAGAAUUGCAAUCGACCACUCGUAUUUGACGAAAAAGACGGCCUUGUACAUACCGAUGGUAAUCAUGUAAGUUGUUUUUUUUUUAGCGCAAGAGAAUAGCGUGAAUCAUCGUUAAUUUUCAUUAAUAUUAUCGCUUGAAUCCUCGAAGGCUUUUUAUUAAAGAAGUUUGUAUGUAUUGGUAUCAGAGAGGUAAAAGGAUCAUGACACGUGCAGCUUGAUGCUGGCACUCAGAGAAAUGAUAACGAUAAAACAGCAUAUACAGAAUGACACUUGAAAAACCUCUAUUUUUACACGCGGAAAUUAGAAUCACUUGGGUCAGAGGUGAAGUAUCGCUCGCGAUAUUUUUGCAUUCGGGAGAUCUACGAUUUGAUAAGUAGAAGCGCGAACAAUCUAUUUGACGCGAUGGUCCAAUAAGAGGAAUAUGCUGAAUAUAUAUUUGACUCAUUAUCCGAUUUAUACAACGAAUAUCAAUGUUUAUACUUUAACGAUGCGUAAGUUUUAACGUCGCCCCUAUUUUUGCAUUUAAUUCUACUGUAAGAGACUGUAAAGUAGAGAGAACUCGCGAGGCAAUUAUGGUGCGCACGUUUGCUUCUUCCAUUUAAUGCAAGGACUUCCGUUGAUGCUUCGUAAGCCAAGUGUUCGCAGGGUACAAAAAAAAACCACCGCUAAAGAUAACAGCUUUUAUUCGUGCGGGAUAAACAGCGUUAGAAAUGCUCGUAACGAGAAAUAAUCACGUUGCUAUAACUUAAUCCGCGUUGGAUUUACGUAUUUAAGUACUUACCGAUUUUUAUUAUUUUCGGAGAAUUAACGCGCGCAUAGAGCCGUGCAAAAAUUAGCCGCAUUAGUUCAGCUUCGUCGAUCGGCAAUAUGGUUCGAUAGAGUUUCACAUAUGAAUGUACCCGAAAUGGCUUUUAAAAAGCAAAGAGUAAUUGAUAUAUUGCCGAAAGACUUGUCAAUCCUUCGUCAAUGUCGAACUUUAUCAAGAUGAAUUUUAAUAGUGUAACAUUUUCAUUAAAAAAUGAUUUAUUGAAUCGUGAAUUGAAAUCGAUCGCGCAGCUUUGAUUAAAUACGUGUCUCCAGCAGUGAAAAAAAAAACUGAAUGCGGAAUCCAUUGAAAGGAAUAAUAGAAAUGAAGCAGAUCUCAACGCAGCGAGAGACUGCUUUGACAUAUCUAUUUGUUAUUGGCAAUCCAUUUAAAAUUCUUUCAAGAAUUUCUACUUCUCGAAAAAAUUAGAUGUUUCUUUCGAGGAGCAAUUACGAGUGGAAUCUUCGGCUCUGUGCAUGCUAAUAUAAAUAUGAUGUAUCAUAUACUCAUAUUAGAUAUACGAAGCACUGACGUAUACCACUGCCAAUAAUAAGUACGCGCCGCGCGGCUGUUCUCUAGUUUAAAGCACACUCGUUAUAUCGGUAAAACUGUAAGGCAAAACCGCGAAGAAUCACACAAGAAUUUGCCUGCAAGAGCAUCGUCGUGUAUUCGUGGGCGCUCUAAUUAAGGAUAUGUAAAAGCACGAAAUAAAUAAUCUUACAAGGUAUCGGAUCACCCGAGCUCGUGGUGUUUCUUACGAGCAACUUUUAUAAUGCUUCCUAAAUGUUCGCUAUAUACGUCAAGAAAUAUCCUUCUGAUCGGUGAUGGCGAGCGUACUUAGUAGUAUGAAAUUCAUCACGUACUUUUCACAUUUAAUUUCAAAAAAGGACUCGACAAAUGCAGAGAGAAGUAAAGCUAUUCAAACAGAAAAAUUGGUGGGGAUUAGAAAUAUAGCCAAAGUACUAUCGCAAUUCGUAAUGCUCAGUAUUAAUACAAAUUCGAAAUAAUUCGAUAGUUACGUUGAAUAGAAAUCCUUAGCCAAAGUUUGCAUCUGAAUGAAGAAAGAGAGUUAAGUUACACGCGAAAAAUACGAUGGCAAUCGUAUCUAAAUGUAAAGAGGUGUCUCGUGUCUCUUGAAGCGCGGAAAUACGACCUUCUUUUUCUGCCACUCUUGAAUUUUCGAUCUUAAAUGUUUGAGGGCUCACCAUACCACGCUUAAUUAAAUUAAUUUCAAGUACGAUCCAUCACUGCUUGUAACAUAAACUACGCUAGGAAUAUACGUUACAGCGAUCUCUAACCCCUGCAAUUACGAGUAUGUAAAGUUAAGAUCAAUUAUAUCCAAGUCCUAUGUGCUCAUAUCAUUCGCUCAGAUAUUAAUCGUGAACGACCACCACUGCCAUAAAGAAAGCAACAAGGCACACCGAUCGCUGUGCCGGCGAAUUUCGUGAAGGCAACCUAUUAUGUCCAAUAUGUCUAGUCAUAUAUACGAUGACAAGGUGAACAGCGCACGGGAAGCUCAUUUGAAUGACGGUCAUAUCCUUAGGCGUUCCAAAUCGAUUUCUUUUUUUACAGUAUUUUGUAAAUAUUUGUACUUUUUUAUCUACGUCGUACUUAUGAAUUUUUGGAAUAGUAUGUGCUACGAUUAAAUAAAGACGAAAAAACAACCUAA